CGUGAAUGCAUUAGCGUCCAUGUGGGGCAAGCCGGUGUUCAGAUGGGAAAUGCCUGCUGGGAGCUAUAUUGUCUGGAACAUGGGAUCCAGCCUGAUGGCCAAAUGCCUAGUGACAAAAGCAUUGGUGGCGGUGAUGAUUCUUUCAAUACGUUCUUCAGUGAAACAGGUGCUGGGAAGCAUGUUCCCCGUGCAGUUUUCGUGGACUUGGAACCAACCGUUGUCGAUGAGGUUCGCACCGGCACCUACCGACAACUUUUUCAUCCCGAGCAGUUGAUUACUGGUAAAGAGGACGCUGCUAACAAUUACGCUCGUGGUCAUUACACUAUUGGGAAAGAGAUCGUCGAUCUUGUCUUAGAUAGGAUUCGGAAGCUGGCGGACCAGUGCACUGGCCUUCAGGGUUUCUUGAUUUUCCAUUCGUUCGGCGGGGGCACGGGUUCGGGUUUUACUUCCUUGUUGAUGGAGCGUCUAAGCGUAGACUAUGGGAAGAAGUCGAAGUUGGAGUUCGCCGUAUACCCUGCUCCACAAAUUGCUACGGCAGUUGUUGAGCCCUACAACUCUAUCCUGACCACACAUACGACCCUCGAGCACAGCGACUGCGCAUUCAUGGUCGACAAUGAAGCAAUUUACGAUAUCUGUCGUCGCAACCUGGAUAUAGAGCGUCCAACUUACACAAACCUGAAUCGUCUCAUUGGACAAAUCGUUAGUUCCAUCACCGCGUCUCUUCGUUUCGACGGUGCUCUGAACGUUGAUUUGACUGAGUUCCAAACAAACCUGGUUCCUUAUCCUCGUAUUCACUUUCCGCUGGCAACGUACUCGCCCGUGAUUUCCGCAGAGAAAGCAUACCAUGAGCAACUGAGCGUUGCCGAAAUCACGAACGCAUGCUUCGAACCGGCCAACCAGAUGGUCAAAUGUGACCCUCGUCACGGCAAAUACAUGGCUUGUUGCAUGCUCUACCGUGGAGAUGUAGUUCCAAAGGAUGUGAAUGCAGCUAUUGCUACCAUAAAAACGAAGCGCACCAUUCAAUUCGUGGACUGGUGUCCAACCGGUUUCAAAGUUGGCAUCAAUUACCAACCACCUACCGUGGUACCUGGUGGUGAUCUGGCGAAAGUUCAGCGCGCUGUUUGCAUGCUGAGCAACACAACGGCGAUUGCCGAAGCUUGGGCGAGACUGGAUCACAAAUUCGACCUCAUGUAUGCCAAGCGUGCUUUCGUGCAUUGGUACGUCGGUGAGGGAAUGGAGGAGGGCGAGUUCUCUGAGGCUCGCGAGGAUCUUGCUGCUUUGGAGAAGGAUUACGAGGAGGUUGGUGUCGACAGCGUCGAAGGUGAAGGGGAGGGAGAAGGCGAGGAAUACUAA